UUAAAACAGCCAUACGAUCGCGCUACCCACUCUCGGCGAUUACAGAGGAGGUGGAACCCAUUUCCAGGAUCCGGGGUUAAGAGGGGAGGAGGUGAAGAGCGAUAGUCGCUGGAACCGUCACACGUGGUUUCAUGUUCGGCAAACUUUGCGUACGUGGCGAUAGUAAUACUUAACAAGUGCUCGCGCGAUUGGUCGCUGUUUGCCGACACACAAAGCUACGACUCCUCCCCUCUAGGUCUUCAGUGUGCGUAGGAUGAAGAGCGUAGAAUCCGGAUGCGCGAAGACAAAGACACCGGCUAUCUUGUCGCGUUUCCCGCCAACCUCGGUGAACAUGAAGAUGAGCACGCUCAGUCGCGUGGUAGAGGUCGGUCUACACGCUUGCGGUAUCUGGCCAUAUCUGCCGUCGACCGUUAUCUGUCGACUAUUUUGGAUCGUUCUGUUGGGGACGGCUCAGGUCUUGCAGUAUCAGUACCUGUUGAUUCAUUAUCAUUCCGACAAUUUCUCCGAUUUCAUGGACGGGAUGAGCAGCGCCAUGGCGUAUACCCUAUUGUUCAUAAAACUCACCAUUUUGUGGGCUAAUCAGAGAACUUUUUCCGAUAUACUGCAAAUGAUGAGCACGGACUGGAAGAAUUGCGGCUUGACCGACCACAGUCUGUAUAUCACGACGAGCAGGGCGAAACUGUCGCACCGCUUCUCGCAUUGGAUCAUAGGCCUUCAAGUGAUCGCCAUAGUGCUUUAUAGCUGCGGCGUUCUUGCCGUAAACGCCGAUGAAGUGCGUCAAAUGAACGUGUCCGCGCGGGAGCAUAUUCUUAAGAUGAAGCUGCCGUUCACAGUCAGCACUUCUCCCGUGUACGCACUGAUUAUGAUACUCCAGUUCUUUCACCUGGUCAUGUGUGGCUACGGGAUCUCCUUGGUGAAUUCGCUCGUCGUCACUUUGAUAGUUCACAUCGGCGGUCAGAUCGACAUUCUGCGCGACUGGCUGUUGAGAGCUUUUUCCAAAAAUGUCGUAAACACCGUGAACGGAAUCACGAUAAGGACAUUGAUCACGAAGCACCAACGGAUCGUCGUAUUUUCGCAAAAUAUCGAGAAUCUCUACACAUACAUCGCGCUGAUGUUGUUCGUGUCGGAUACCCUUAUCAUAUGCUGUCUGGGAUUCAUUAUUGUCACGUCGAUCGGCACACCGGACGGCCCGGCGAUCUUGGUGAGGUCCGUGUUAUUCUACAUCGUGAUGAAUCUCGAGACCUUCAUAUAUUGCUUCGCGGGUGAAUACCUGAGCGCCAAGAGUCAAAUGAUCGGCGACGCAGCUUACGAUUCGCUUUGGUACGACCUCACGUCGAGAAAAAGUCGAGUUGCACUGCUGGUGAUACUGCGGUCGCAGAAACGUUUGACCAUGACUAUCGGGAAAAUUAUGGAUCUCUCGUUGGAGCGUUUCACAAACGUCGUGAAGGCAUCGGCGUCUUAUGUUUCCGUGUUAUUGGCGAUGAACUGAAGGACCUACAUCUCGAUCGAAUAAUAAUAGUAUCUUCACAAUGUUCACAUAUGGUGGUAAUAUUAAGUAGUAGCUGUAAUAACAACAUGAACGCAUCGAUGUAACAACAUUCUAGAAAUUGUCAUCACAUUAUUUUAAA